AUGCUUAAGAUCAAGGACAAUAUGAUAGAUGGAUGCGACAGUGAAAGCCACACGUUCAAGGAAUGCAUCUCACAAGCACAACGAAAGAUCGAUCUUCUUGUUAAACAAGGGGAGGGAGAAUGCGCCAAGGAUACAUCACCACCGACCACACCUCCGUUUGCUAUUUUGGAUGCUAUGAUUGAGCCAUAUUUCUCCUCAAUCAACCCUCACUUCCCCAUUUGGCAAAAGGAGAAAUUUAUUUGCAUGGCAACCACGUUACGACAAUCUCCAUCGUCAGAACGAGACCUGGCGUCUAUCAUCUGCUGCAAUAACCUCAUUCUCAUGGCCAUGUCGGCAGACUCAUUGUGCUCGAAUCGUGGCGAGUCAAUGCAGAACAGACAAGGGACCAAGGUUUCCUCAAUUGAAUUUGACAUGAUCGCGGGAUUUCUUGCCAACACAAGGCGAGCUGUUCAGAGCAUUGAUCAGCUUGUCUCACCUCGCCUGAUCAAUGUUCAGGCUCUCUUAUCCCUGUGCGAGGCUUACCAUCUGCAGUACAUGGUGGCACAGGAGCAUUUUUCUAUCGGUGUAUCCGAGACGUUGUUUUCUCUCGCUGCCCGGUGCGCAAAGUUGACUGGUAUCCACCAAUGGCAAUCUUUCCAAGGUCACCUCAGCGAUGAGGACAUAAGGGAGCGUCAAAACAUCUCGUACUGUUUGUACACGAUUGAUAAAGCACUGUGCUGGACAGCUGGGUUGUCUCCAAACAUACCCGCAUCGGAUAUCCAUUUUGAGUCAUACGUCGCGUCCUCCGAAGCUAGCCUUGCGUCAUCUCUCAUCGCAAAAUCUGAGCUGGCUAAGAUUGAAGAGGCGAUUUACUUGGAAAUAUACGCAAAUCAAGUCAAGCCUAAAAAUGAAGAUGAGAUUCGGGGUUUCGCAACCAUGAAGUUAUCGAAGCUUCAAGUCUGGCUGACGAACUCGGGAAUGGACUUUGACAUUGUUCAAACACUGCCUGAGACCUCUGCUUCCAAGCUUCAAUUAGCGAUCAGAUACCUGAAUAAUGUGCUGAAACUUGUGCUAAGCCUUUGGAACUCACCACCCGACAAAGGCAAGCACGCCGUUUUCCCAUCCUUCGUUGCCUCGCUUCCUCCACUGUAUCUCUACGAAGUUCUUUCAUCCAUCCUCAGCAACAAAGAUUCAAAGUCCGAUCUCAGCAUGCUCCAAGAGUACGUCGACAUGCUUGAAACAAUCACAGAUAGCCGAGCCGACAAGUCUUACAACAGGAGGCUCUACCAACUAUCAGUUAUCGUGAAAGACGUAACAAGCGCCCGAAAGACCCAACACAAACGGCAAAAGCCAAGCCCGGAAUCAACAACAAACACAUACUCUAUCACAGACCUCCUCUCCCCCCUUGGAAGUCGUUACAGCUACAUGGGGUCGGAACUCCAAGAAAUUGGCAAUUCAGGGUUUGACAGUUCUGUGUUCCAAGACCUAGAUACCUCAUUUACGUUCCUGAGUCCGCUUAAUUCUACAACUGAAGAGCCGGCUCCGGGCCCAGGUGAGUUUAUGCCGCACUUGGGGUCCUUUUCUUAA